AUGGCUUCGCUCAGCGGUGCCGCCGCCACUUCCCGCUUUCUCCCCUCUGCCUCUCGCGUCCGUCUCUCCAUCUCUUCAGCUUCCUCCUCACUCUCUCUCUCCUCCUCUUCCUCUUACUCUUCUUCCUCUCUCAAAAGCCUCCGAUUCUCUCCCUUCGCACCUCACGUUUUUAAUGAACAGAAGCGAUCGUCAAUGAGCACUUUUGCUGCGGCGUCGGAUCCUGCUCAGUUGAAGAGUGCGAGAGACGAUAUCAAGGAGCUUCUCAAAUCUAAAUUUUGCCAUCCCAUUCUGGUUCGGUUGGGGUGGCAUGACGCAGGCACGUACAACAAGAACGUAGAGGAGUGGCCACAAAGGGGUGGUGCCAAUGGAAGUCUUAGAUUCGAAACAGAACUUAAGCAUGCAGCCAACGCAGGGCUUGUUAAUGCAUUGAAACUGAUUCAGCCUAUCAAAGACAAGUAUUCUGGUGUGACAUAUGCGGAUUUGUUCCAAUUGGCCAGCGCAACUGCUAUAGAGGAAGCCGGGGGUCCGAAAAUUCCCAUGAAGUAUGGCAGGGUGGAUGUCUCAGCCCCUGAUGAAUGUCCUGAGGAGGGGAGGCUUCCUGCUGCUGGCCCCCCUAAACCUGGUGAUCAUCUACGAGAAGUUUUCUACAGAAUGGGAUUAAAUGACAAGGAAAUAGUUGCAUUGUCUGGUGCACACACACUAGGAAGGUCUAGACCAGAACGCAGUGGUUGGGGCAAACCAGAGACAAAGUAUACGAAAAAUGGGCCUGGAGCACCAGGAGGGCAGUCCUGGACAGCAGAAUGGCUGAAGUUUGACAAUUCCUACUUCAAGGAUAUCAAAGAAAGAAGAGACGAAGAUCUACUUGUAUUGCCAACUGAUGCUGUGCUAUUUGAAGAUCCUUCAUUCAAGGUGUAUGCAGAGAAAUAUGCUGAAGAUAAGGAGGCAUUCUUCAAGGAUUAUGCUGAAGCCCAUGCCAAGCUCAGCAAUCUUGGGGCAAAAUUUGAUCCUCCAGAGGGAAUUGUGCUCGAUGGUGUUGCAGGAGAGAAGUUUGUGGCAGCCAAGUACUCUUCUGGGAAGAGAGAGUUAUCAGAGACUAUGAAACAGAAGAUACGAGCUGAGUAUCAAGCAAUUGGUGGAAGCCCAGAUAAGCCUCUCCAUGGAGAGCUUCAGUGGAUGAAAAAUUAUUCAAGAAUAUUGUGCGAUGGAGUGAUAAGUAGAUUGCCUGUGCAAAUGCAAUUACAAGAUGGAAAGCAUACCAUGCUCACCCUUCCUAUUGAUUCACAGAUCCCAAUUUAUAAUGUGGCUGACAAUUCUUGCAAUUCGGGGGUAGCAUUGUCAUUUGCCACUGGUAAGGUUGAUGGGCUUUCCGUGUCCUUGCUUUUACACCACAUCACCAUGUAA